AUGACCAACGCGGACCCGGGUUUGACAAGCUGCCCUUUCUUUUGCACGGAGCAGAUGCCAGGUCCCUUCGGAUCAGGCAGAGUAUCGAGCAGGUGGUCAGUCAGCGAACGAUGUGUGGCCAUCAGACAACUCUGUUCGGAGACUGGGCGGCCUUAUGAGUACCGUGUACGGAGUACCUAUGGGCUCUGGGAAUACCCAUCAUGUUUCUCAAAGUGCAAUCCUUUGUCAGAAAAGCGGCCGGCGGCCAGCUAUACAUCGCGUUUCCCGAGUUUGAUGGAGGCUGAUCAAAAACACCCGGCCAAACUACCGGUGCCCCGUGGUUAUCGUACGUCGGCACGCAUGCCGAUGUCGCGAAUUUGGUGCAAAGGAGAGAGCCGCACUCAAGGCCUCUAUCCGUACCGCAGUAGUGUCUACCGCUUAUCUAUAUUCUUCACGCCUUCUGGAAGGGCGUCGGGAUCUGAAGAAAAAACAAGUGGCAGUCAAUUCCUGUGCCUGACCCGGUAUCCUCAUCAGUCGCGAAGGCAUGGAAGACACCUACAUCGCACAUCGCCCAACACAAGAUGCGCUGACCUGACAUCCGACCCUCACACCCCGUCUCUUCCAGUAUACACAUUCGAUUAUCAGCUGGCAAUCGUUUGCAGUUUGCUGUCAAGUGGUUCUUUUUCGCCACGGGCUGGACUGCCACCCGAAUGA